AUGAAGACGAAGUAUGCUAAACGGCAGGGAUACAGACCAGGGAUGCUCUGGCCAUUAGGAAUAUGCACCAAUCCCGAAGAAGUGUGUUGCCUGUCUGUGAAAUAUAACAUGGGAUCGAUGGUAUUAUGGGAUGAGCCAGGGGUCCUUCCAACAAUUGUCAGACAGACGCAUCUUUGUGGCUGGCUCGGACAUUGGCGUUGUGGGCUCAAAGAGCCUGUCAUUCUGUCUGUCCACGCAGAGGAACGGGGUAAUAUUGCCGAUCGCCCCACCUGGCUGGCAAAAGACCCUGUCUUCAGUGGACCGGAGGGCGCACGACUUGCACGAACGGCCGUAACCUUCGUGAUUAUAGGUGAACUCGAGCAGCCCGGUACCUCAGUGGCCGACUGUUGGACUUUGACCUCCCAGCCCGACUCGACUCACGAACCAACAGGCCGCCUGAGUCACUGCCACGCCGCCUGUAGCAAGGUUGGCCAGAGUGCAGCAUUCUUCUCAUUUAAUCAAUCUGGGGCUCACUCUUCUCGCCCGCCCUCUUCAACUGUACCCCUCGCUACACGUGUUAGCCGGCAAGCUCUAGCAUGUCGCCUUCCACUUCUGCCUCGUCAGGAGAGCUCUGUCGCCGCCGUGGAAACCAGCUCCGGCAUCUGCUGA